CAUAACGACUUAAAAAAUGCGUUACGUGGCCGCAUACCUACUGGCCGUGCUGGGCGGCAAGGCAUCUCCAGCAGCAGCAGACCUUGAGAGGAUCCUCAGCUCUGUCGGCAUUGAAGCUGACUCUGAGAAGCUAAAAAAGGUCAUUGCUGAGCUCAGCGGAAAGGACGUUGAGGAGCUCAUUGCGUCUGGUCGCGAGAAGCUGUCGUCGAUGCCAGCGGGAGGCGCCGCGGCACCUGCCGCAGCUGCCGCGCCCGUUGCUGCCGCUGCUGAAGACAAGAAAGAAGAGAAGGAGGCUAAGAAGGAAGAGUCAGAGUCUGAUGAUGAAGACAUGGGCUUCGGUCUCUUUGAUUAAGUGCAUUUUACAGUGUAUGGCGGCACACGCGGCCGUAAUUCCAAAACAGUUAUGGUGUAAGCGUAACCUGACCGCGACUAUGUUUCUAUGAAAUAUAGAUUGCAAGAAAACUAAAUUUUUUUAAUUUCUUAUCCUACAAAGAAACCUCGA